GCCUCGGCAUGCGUCCACGUUCUCGGUUCGUAUCAAUGUUGAGUUGAAAAUUCCCAACACAACAAGAAGGGCGGCCAGGCUCCCCUCAAGAAAAAGGUAGACCCUUCCCCCCGAAACUAAAAGAUACCGACUUCGAGGCUGCUGCAGAAUACCAACAUCGUCAUGUCCUCCAGCGAAUUUAUUACCAGAAUCUCCUCCUUUAUCGGUCCGAUUGGGCUGUUCACUCUUGCUCUAUUGGGUGCUGUUACUGUCCUCAACGUUUCACUCAAACUCUUCUGUGCUUUCUCGAGCCUGUUCAUUCUUAGUGGGACAGAUGUACGUUGCUUCCAGGACCCACGGAGGACUAGGUAGGGUACUGAUUUAAUUGCUAUUAUAGCUACGCAAAUUCGGGCCGAAAGGGUCGUGGGCACUCAUCACUGGCGCUUCGGAUGGUAUUGGAAAGGAAUUCUCCCUGCAACUCGCCGCGAAGGGAUUCAACGUCGUUCUCGUCUCACGCACCCGAUCGAAACUCGCUACUCUAGCUCGGGAAGUCGAGUCAAAGUGCUCCGGUAUCGAGACCAAAACUUUGGCCAUGGACUUUGCUGAGAAUGACUCGGCCGAUUACGAGCGUUUGAGGGCUUUGGUGAAGGAUCUGGACAUCGCCAUCCUGAUCAACAACGUUGGGAAAAGCCACGAUAUCCCUGUCCCUUUCUUGGAAACGGCGGGGGGGGAGGAUGGACGAGAUCAUCGCCAUCAAUGUUAAUGGUACACUCAAAGUUACGAAAAUCGUUGCUCCCGGCAUGGCCUCUCGAAAGAGAGGGUUGAUCUUGACCAUGGGCUCUUUUGGUGGUUUACUUCCUACUCCCCUUUUGGCGACUUACUCCGGCUCGAAGGCUUUCUUGCAGCACUGGUCUACCGCUCUCGGCGCUGAACUCAAGAGUGAUGGCGUGCAGGUUCAAUUGGUUGUGGGUUACUUGAUCACCUCUGCCAUGAGCAAGGUUCGCAGACCCAGCAUGAUGAUUCCUACGCCGAAGGGUUUUGUUAGUGCUACGCUUGGGAAGAUUGGACUCAAGGGGACUGCUGCGGGUAUGGAGGGCACCAUUACACCGUACUGGAGCCACGGUUUGAUGCAUUGGGGUAUUCAGGAGUUUCUCGGCACCUGGAAUGGUCGGGUUUUGAGCAAGAACUUGGGUAUGCAUGCUAGUAUCAGGAAGAGAGCCUUGAGGAAGAAGGAAAGAGAGGCUGCUCAGGGGAAGAAGGCCACCUAA